AUGGCAGGAGCGUCAAUGAUAGGUUCUAUGAUCCUUGCUCUGUUCUUGGCUGGUUAUUUGGGACAGCAGUACUUACCUCCACCCAAGCCCAGAGUGAUCGGCCUGGACCUGGGCACCACAUUUUGCUCCGUAGGCGUGUUCCACCCGGGCACCGGAGAGGUUGAGGUGAUAGCAGACGAGGAGGGCAGAAAGAGCAUCCCGAGCGCCGUCUCCUUCACCAACACAACGGUGCUGGCCGGGCACGACGCGGUGGACGUGGCCGACAUCAACCCCCGUAACACCAUCUACGACGCUAAACGGUUCAUCGGGAAAAUAUUUGAUCCGCGAUUGCUGGAACAGGAAAGCAGUCGCUACCCUUUCAAGGUGACCUCCAACAAUGGCAGUGCUGAGUUUGUGAUCACAACCAACGUCACAUUCACGGUGACUCCGGAGUUUAUCGGCUCUCGUCUGUUGCUGAAGAUGAGGAAGAUGGCUGAGCAGCGCCUGGGGAUGCUUGUCCACAACGCUGUCAUCUCUGUGCCUGCUGAGUUUGACGAAAGGCAGAGGGAGUACACCGUCAGAGCCGCCAACCUUGCUGGCUUGGCAAUCUUGCGUGUGAUCAAUGAGCCGACAGCGGCAGCUAUGGCGUAUGGCCUACACAAGGUUGAUGUCUUCAGCGUGCUGGUGGUUGACCUCGGUGGAGGAACCCUGGACGUUUCUCUGCUCAACAAACAGGGCGGCAUGUUCUUCACCAGAGCCAUGGCCGGAAACAACAAACUUGGCGGUCAAGACUUCAGCCAGCGGCUACUCCAGUACACCGCAGAGCGAGUUCGACAAGAGUUUGGCGUGGUACCCACACUGAAAGAGGACCUUCAUCGUCUCCGUCAGGCUGUGGAAGCAGCAAAACUCAACCUCACCCUCCACCCCAGCGCCACCAUCAGGGUGCCGCUGCACCUGCACACCCACGUUGACUCGUCCCCUGAGCCGGUGGUUUUUCAGGCUGUGCUCACGCGACAACUGUUCGAAGAGCUCAACGAGGACCUCUUUCAAAAGAUCCUGGCCCCCGUGGAGACCGUGCUCGCCGAGGGCCACCUGGACAAAGGCGAAGUGGACGAGAUCGUGCUAGUGGGCGGCUCCACCAGGAUUCCUCGGAUCCGAAGGCUCAUUUCCGAGUACUUUGGCAAGGACCCCAACACUUCAGUGGACCCUGAUCUGGCCGUGGUGACGGGCGUGGCGCUCCAGGCGGGCAUCAUGGGUGGGUCGUGGCCCUUACUAGUCAGCGCAAUCGAAAUCCCUAACAGACAUCUUCAUAAGACCAACUUCAACUAG